AUUCCCAUUUAUUUCACUAUCGAAGAUUUUAUAAAUCGAAAUGCAUGCAAUGCAAGAUAUUCAAUACGCAAAUAAUAUGGUCAACUUCACAAAUCAAUUCGAAUUUACGGCUCCUGACUAUGAUUUUCAUAGAGGACGCUUUAAUACAAUUUUUGAGAGUACUAUGAUCAAUUGGACUAUUGGAUUCUCGGAGCAACAGAGCCUUAUUACAAAUUAAUUUUCUUGGGACGUAUUUUUGCAGAUUCGGAACUCAAGUCCACCGGCCCACAAAAUUCAAUUCAAAGUGAAUCUUCUGGAUUCUGAUGAAAACAUUCAAAAGUAUGUUAGAUGCUACAGUGAUGAACGAGAAG